AGAUGGUAGGUCCCACUUCCGGUCUCCCCGGAAGUUUCGCGAUGGAGAGAGGAGAAACGCCUGAGGAAGAAAGGCAGUCUGGCCGUCAUGUUCUGCCUACUAGUUUGGAAUCCCACAGUUUGAAGAAGAGCAAUUGGGGGUUCUUGUUUACUGGGAUCAUUGGUGGGGCACUGGUGACAGUGUACGCUGUGGCCACCCCAUUUAUCACACCGGCCCUGCGGAAAGUUUGCUUGCCGUUUGUGCCUGCCACUUCGAAGCAGAUUGAAAAUGUUGUGAAGAUGUUGCAGCACAGAAGAGGCUCCCUGGUGGACAUCGGCAGUGGCGACGGACGCAUUGUGAUUGCAGCUGCAAAGGAAGGAUUCCCAGCUGUCGGCUAUGAGCUGAACCCUUGGCUGGUCUGGUACUCCAGAUACCGUGCCUGGAGAGAAGGGGUGCACGGCUCUGCCAAGUUUUACAUCUCAGAUCUGUGGAAGGUCACCUUUGCCCAGUACUCCAAUGUUGUCGUUUUUGGUGUGCCCCAGAUGAUGCUGCAGCUGGAGAGGAAGCUGGAGCUUGAACUUGAGGAUGGUGCUAGAGUUAUCGCCUGCCGCUUCCCUUUCCCACACUGGACUCCAGACCACACUGCUGGAGAGGGGAUCGACACCGUGUGGGCGUACGACUUGAACAGUUUCAGAGGACGGAAAAAGAGGUCUUGAACACGAGCACCCUGGGGGCCAUCCAGUCCACCUUCACUGAGGCCACAGCAAACUGCCCCUGACACGGGAUGAGAAGUCCUGCUGCCGUCCUUACCUUUUGGAGAAAAUGAACAGGAGCUCAGAAAAACAUUUAGGUGUAAAGGCAAUUUCACGUAGCCUGGGUUGGCCUUGAACUUCUGAUCCUUCCUCCUCUACCUUCCCAGUAAAAUUUGCUCUUAGUGGAAUAUUUUGAAUGGGUCUACUACCUUUUCAUACCGUAGGAUGCUGGAAGAUACAAUAACUGAGCUGUGUUUGUGGGCCAGAAGGUUGUCACCCCGCAGCAGUGUGGUUUGAUGCCGCAGAAGAGAAAGGGGGCAGUCAUGCAGACAUCUGCAGUUUCCUGUAGCUUUGUUCACUGGUGAGAUUUGUCUCCCUUCUGUAGUUUGUAGCUAAAUUAAUUUCCUAAAAGGCUCAGAGAGUGGCAUUUUUAUUUUAUAAUAUUCAUAAGUACUAUUUUGCCCUAAUGCUUUCUGUACUUUGUUGAUUGAAUCUGUACAUGUCCGCCUGUGUGUAAACAUUCGGUGUAACAUGCCACAUCUUUUAAACUGGGGGAAUUGUGACAGAUUGCACGUGGCUUUAAUUGGCGGUGUGGUCCGUUUGCUGUCACUGUGUUACUGUGAGUGGCAUCUUGGAUUUGACGAGGCAUUUAGAGAAGCUCCCUGGCCCAGGGAGAAGUUAGUAAGGGCUUUGCAGUGAGUGACUGCUUGAGCUUUGCAGUGUGACUUCCAAUGCCUUGGGCAGUGACUUCCUGUCUCUCAGCCUUGGUGUCUGCUACCAGGACAGUCCUGGUAGGAUUCAUUUUUAAAAUGCACUGCACAGUCUUUGGUCUGUAAGUGAUACUCACAUUUUAGAGCUGAGGGAAAGCUCAUACAGGGAGGUGCAGAUUAUUUCUGUUAGUCCCUUCUCUUAUUUUAUGAGAACAGCUAUUUAUUUAGCAUUUCCCACGUAUGAGAAAAGACUUGACUGAUUUAGAUAGGCAAGUUAGGGAAAACCUUUGAUUGUGAGUAGACAGGCUUCAUAGAAGUCCAUGCCCAGUCAGCAUGUUCUCCACGAAAUCACCUGACUUUAGGCUUGCCCUAGAUCCUGAAGUUCCUUCUGUAAACGGAAAGCAGAAGCUGGACAGCCACUUGGUGGGGAUAUUGCAGAAACAAUGUUUGCAGCAUGCUUGAGUCACAGAUGAACCAAAGCGACGACUUAUUUUCCACUUUCUGUAGGGCCUGUUGAAUCAUUUGAACAGACCUCUAACAUCAGUAUAAUAAGGUGGAGCAUAAUUCUGUAUUUCUGACAGAACUUCCCAUCCCUACAAAUGUAAGUUGCUCAUUACUGUUUUUCACUAUAGCUCUGCAGAAAAGAUGGUCAGAAUAUUGGGAUGCUGAUGAAUCAAGUUAAAUUAUACCAGAAUGGUCAUGACAUAUGAGGCCUCAGGAAAGCUGGGCUCAAAAAUUUCAGGACUGGGGGUUAGCUAGAAUGGGUGUAGCUCAUUAAAAAAAUAUCUUUUUACU